AUGCGGAGAUUUUCAGCUAUGACUAGUGCUAGUUGAGCAGGAAUCCGUGUCAGUCGUGCUCAGUGCCUCGCAUAAGCCGAACGUCGCUCUGGAGCAACCAUCAGCAAUCUCAAAAAGGACGACGAGUGUCUCAACUAAAACGAAAGCGAAACCGAAAACACAGUAGCUCUAAAUAAAAAACCCCCAAAAAAAAAAAAAACAACAACAAAAACACUAUAAAAAACUACAUAGUAAAUCAACUGCCAGUGAUUGUGUUAAGUCUAGCCGCAAACAAAUAUUAAACACUCGUAAACAAUUUACAAAUUAUUGGCCAGCCUUCAGAAGAGUUUUUUUUCGCACAUGCGCGAACUUCGCACAAAAAAGCUAAAAAGCAAAGACCAAAAAAAGAGAUAAAAACGACCAAAAAGGAGCAGCCACCACACACCAACACUCCUACGACUCCGUGUGCGUGUGUGUGUGUGUGAACGUGCGCCUGUGUGCUGUGCGCGGUUUUUGUUUCGCACGCACUUUUAUCGCCGUUUUGUUUGAUUUAACGGUGCCGCGGUCAAGUGUAGAGAGCGCGAGAGCUUGCACGCCAGCAGCACCAGCAGAAGAAGCAGAAGCAGAAGCAGCAGCCGCUGCUCCUGUUCCCGAUUCCCGUUUCGGACCAAAAAACUUUUUGAGAUUUGCCCACAGUCGCCCAAGCCGUAACCAGCAACAUGCCUAACUGGGAGACGAGCACCGCGGCGCCUAACUACGAGCAGCACAAUGCCUGGUACAGCAGCAUGUUUGCCGCCAACAUCAAGCAGGAGCCGAUGUCGCAUCACCACAGUCACCAUCACGACAAUGGCAGCAACAGCAACAGCAACAGCGGAGCGAGCAGCCCAAGGCAAUCGCCACUGCCCUCACCCAAUGCACCUGGCACUCAGCUGGAACAAUACCUCAAGCAACAGCAGCAACAGCACCAGCAACAGCAGCAGCAUCAGCAGCCAAUGGAUACGAUGUGUGCGGCUGCCAUGACGCCGUCACCGAGCAACAAUGAUCAGAACAGCCUACAACAUUUUGAUAGCACACUCCAGCAGCAAUUGUUGCAGCAGCAGCAAUACCAGCAACACUUUCAGGCAGCGCAGCAGCAGCAGCAGCAGCAUCAUCAUCUCACACUGGGCGGCUUCAAUCCGCUGACGCCGCCGGGUCUGCCCAAUCCCAUGCAGCACUACUAUGCCAGCAGCAUGCGCCCCAGUCCACAGCCCACGCCCACAGCCGUGCCCACAGCGGUGGCAACGGUCAUACAGACCGGCGACAAGCUGCAGGCGCUGACGCCGCCAAUGGACGUGACACCGCCCAAGUCGCCGGCCAAGUCGCAGCAAUCGAGCGUGGAGCCCGAGAAGGAGCACGAUCUGAUGUCGAACUCGAGCGAGGACAUGAAGUACAUGGCCGAGUCCGAGGACGACGACAGCAACAUACGCAUGCCCAUCUACAACUCGCACGGCAAGAUGAAGAACUACAAGUGCAAGACGUGCGGCGUCGUGGCCAUCACCAAGGUGGACUUCUGGGCGCAUACGCGCACCCACAUGAAGCCCGACAAGAUUCUGCAGUGCGCCAAGUGCCCCUUUGUGACGGAAUUCAAGCAUCAUCUGGAGUACCACAUUCGCAAGCACAAGAACCAAAAGCCGUUCCAGUGCGACAAGUGCAGCUACACCUGCGUGAACAAGUCCAUGCUGAACUCCCACCGGAAGUCGCACAGCUCCGUCUAUCAGUAUCGCUGUGCCGACUGCGACUAUGCCACCAAAUACUGUCACAGCUUCAAGCUGCAUCUGCGCAAGUAUGGCCACAAGCCCGGCAUGGUGCUGGACGAGGAUGGCACGCCCAAUCCCUCCCUGGUCAUCGAUGUCUAUGGCACACGGCGCGGACCCAAGAGCAAGUCCUUCUCGGGCAGCAGCUCCAGCUGUGGCGGCUCUAGCAAGCGGAGCAGUGCUGCAUCAGCUGCCUCCCAGCAACAGCAGCAGCAGCACCAGCAGCAACAACUGCAGCCCCAGCCACAACAGCAGCAGCAGCAACAGCAACAGCAACAGCCUGUGCUGCCACCAAGCGCAACCUCUCAGCUAUCCGCCGCGCUCCAAGGAUUUCCCAUCCCAUCUGCAGCCGCAGCAGCCACAACAUCAGCACCAGCAGCUGUGGCUCCCGUCUCCCCACCGUCGCCGGCCAAGAGCGUGGCCAGCGUUGAGCAGGCGCCCAGCCUGUCCAGCGCGUUGCUGCCGCCAUUGGCCAGCCUGCUUCAGCAGAACCGCAACAUGGCCUUCUUCCCCUACUGGAAUCUCAAUCUGCAGAUGCUCGCUGCCCAGCAGCAGGCUGCGGUUCUGGCACAGUUGUCGCCCCGCAUGCGUGAUCAGUUGCAGCAACAGCAACAGCAACAACACCAACAGCAGCAACAGCAGCAGCAGCAACAGCAGCAAUUGCCUCCGCAUAGCGACAACGAGGAGGAUGAGCAUGACGAUGAUUUCGAGCGCAAAUCCGUAGACUCAGCCAUGGAUCUGUCACAAGGCACUCCGGUCAAGGAGGAGCCUCAGCCCCACAGCAACCACAUGGCCAUUAACCUGAAGCUGAAAGACGAUGACACACCUCUGAUCAGCAGCAGCAGCACCUCYCGCCGCAAGGGUCGUGUCCUCAAGCUGGACACGCUGCUGCAGCUGAAAUCGGCGGCGAUGUCAUCGCCGGAACAGCAACUGAAACUGCCGCCCAGUGUUCUGCCCACGGCCUCGUCGCCCAUUGCCGGCAGCAGCGCUAACAAGCAGCUGGCGGAUGAUCCCUGCUCUGGUGCCAGCUCCGCGGAUGAGUCCAUGGAAACGGGCCGUGUGCCGCAGGCCAACACGAGCGCCAGCUCAACGGCCUCCAGCUCCGGCAAUAGCUCGAAUGCCAGCAGCAGCAGCAAUGCCCCUCCAGCUGCCGUCGUUGCCACCUCCGCCACCGUAUCGAGCUCAUCCACAGCCACAUCCACGGGCAGCAGCGCUCCGGCCAUAUACGAGUGCAAGUAUUGUGAUAUUUACUUCAAGGACGCUGUGCUCUACACAAUCCACAUGGGGUAUCACAGCUGCGACGACGUCUUCAAGUGCAACAUGUGCGGCGAGAAGUGCGACGGACCCGUCGGCCUCUUCGUGCACAUGGCCCGUAAUGCGCACUCCUAAGAGCCACUCAGCGCCGGCGGCCCACAAUAUUGUUAUUAGAUAUUUUUAUUAUUAUUAACAUAUUUCGUUGUCCAAAAUUGUAUAUAUUCGUAAUUUAAGUUUUCAUUUUGUUGUCGAGAAUUGUACAUAAGCCAAAAAUGCGCCAAAACGCUAUCAACUAA